AUGGCUGGUCGUGGAGGCGGUGGAGGUGGUCGCAAGACCUUGCUCGCGCCGAUUCAUUUCAUUUUCAAGCUUCUUCAACAACGCUCCACCGUUUCUAUUUGGCUCUAUGAGCAAUUGGCUUUUCGUAUAGAAGGCAAGAUCAGAGGAUUCGAUGAGUUCAUGAAUCUCGUUGUUGAUGAUGCGGUGGAGGUCAGGCUGGCUACAAAGACCGAAGAAGAGAAGCGCAGGCCUCUAGGCCAAAUCCUGCUUAAGGGAGAUAACGUCUCACUCAUCCAAGCAGUUCAGUGA